UAGCAAAGACCGCAUCAGCCAUUAUCACUUUCAAGCCGGCCGCUUAUCGACACAUUAUCAAUCUCUGAAUCCAAGUGCGACAUCUCCUCACUACGGGGACCUUUACAUCAUCUUUCGGCUCAACCACCUUCCUUACCUUACAUACAAUCGGCGGUGACCACACCCAGCAAUCAGGAUGCCGCGACCACGAAACAUGGAUGAGAGAAAAUCUGGAGGAUGGGGAGCCUACGUCUGGUCGCAUUAUCUCCUAGCCGACUCGGAGCCUCAUUGCAAUGACCGCCUGGGCAGAACGCUCAAAGCCCUUGCCCAGGAAUCCACCAAGCGAAUCAGUGUCUCGACUUCACUUCGUUAUGGUACUAAUAAUAAUGUCGACUAUAAGACGGCAGGGCAGAGGAACGCGUGGUACAACUACUUUGUCGCGGCUUUCGAAAAGAUCCUGAGGGAACUACCACCUCCAGAUGCGAGCGCUGAGCAAGUACGGGAGAAGCGGAGAGAGUUUCAUCAACAACGACGCCUACCACCACCAGUCGUCCAGUAUGAAGCUGCUGUGGCUACAGCUACUCCGCCCGAUACCCAACCCCAACCCGUCGCCAACAGUUCAGAGCAGCGCGGCAGGAAGCGUUCCUGGACUGAUUCGUUGGACGACGAUGACGAUGGCAACGCCGCAAACACGAGAAAGCGUGCCAAGAAGGAGCAGGAGCCGACUCGAGAUAAUUUCAUAGUUUACAUCCCGGCCAACGUCAAGGUCGUCCUCGUUCCCGAAGGCCCUGCUGAUGCCACUUUUUGUAUCAAGUCCGAAAGUUCUACAGCGUCCAUGUCCAUGUCUUCAACGGGCACGUCGUCGGCCGCUGAGGACACGUUGCCGGCAAGCCCUCCAUCAGUGCCGUUAUUUCCUCCUAUGCGCUGGUCCGCCUGUCCUUCGAUGGAUAGUUUGUCGUCUGAUACAUAUUCCCAAGACCAAAGGCCUUCACCAGCCCAAGGCUCAAAGGAACCCUCACCAGCGCAAGACUCAAAUUCGUUAUCCCUGUCCCUGGCGGGCUAUAACAUCAAUAUCCCCUACGCAUUGGAUUCCUCCGCUGACCAUACCGCUACGCCAGCCCAAAGGUCACGGGCACCUGCACCUAACCACAAUAAACCGAGGUGCAAUAUACAGUUCGGGCUAUACACCGUUUGCCUUCAACUGACUCCUUAGCAACUCGCCAUCCAAUCACGAGAUGGGAAGAAAGACCGAGUGGGAAAAUGUGUUUUGUACUCGGGGUGAGGGCUAGUGACGUUGGGUUACGAGGUUUUGGAUAGUAAUUGUGUUGUGAUGAUUGUUGUAAUGAAAGUUUUUUGGAACUCGCAGGGUAUCUCUCUGUAGAGGGGAUCGUAUUAAUGUGCGGAGGGUUUUCCUCAGGUAAUAUUUUGAAUCAGACACUUCUGGAACUAGUGACACCACGGCCAUGACAUUUCUGGCUGUUUUGCGAGCAGAGCGCCAACGUCGUGUAGGGAAACAGUGCGUGCUUCUUUAUAUUGACUGGAACUUUGUCGACAUCAGAUGAAAGGAAAAGCCCCUUUUCGAGGCAAGCCCUAACUGUACGCUAUUGAUAUCACGC